ACAAUGAAAGCCAACGCUUCCAACUAAGCUGCACAAGGCUGGGAAACGGGUAAUGGAUUCAGAAUGGCGCAUAUUUAGUGGCUAGAAUCGGUCUUUCGAGAUGCGUUUCUCACACCGUGCCCCUUUAGGGCGAUUCUGCUUCCUCUUUCCAGCCUUGGACCUUCUUCUUUCCCUCACUUUUUCUUCUGCACGCUCCUCUUCAGUGUUCCAUUUUAUCCCCUCCUUUUCUUCUAAGGUAAAAGGUUUGGGAAAGUAACUUAGAGCUGUUGGCGCAAUCCUCGUGUCAACAAGGAAAUCUAUCUAUACCCUCGUUCCCUUCCGGCCCCCACUUCUAAGCAACCAUUCUUGCGCUGUUGUAAACCCGUCUCCAAGUCCAGACUGCUACACCACGCGCUGAAAGACGAUGGCUUUCAAGGGAGACGCUCAACCAUCUCCUGCGAUGACUUCUGAAAAGGUCUCGAACUCUCUUGAUCCAAUACCCAUCGAAGAGAUACCGCUGGAGAAUACGCAGAAAAGCCGCUGGGAGCGCAGUUGGCCAACCAUUGCUUGCGGCGCCGGUCUCUUUUCUGAUGGCUAUCUCAAUGGAGUCAUUGGGCCGGUCAAUACCAUGCUAAGCAAGAUUUACCCUGACACGUACAAAAACUCCCCUGCCAGCAGGAAUGUCUCUUCCAUCGUCUUCGCAGGGACCGUGCUUGGUCAACUUAUUUUCGGUUAUGUCAGUGAUCAUUGGUCUAGGAAGUGGGCUUUGAUGGUCUCCACGGUGAUCUUGAUCAUUUUCAGCGCGCUCUCUGCCGGCUCCUACGGAGCUCAUGGUAGCCAAGCUGGUUUGUUCGCCGCUCUGACCGCGUAUCGGUUCUUCCUAGGAAUCGGAAUAGGUGGGGAGUAUCCUGCAGGCAGUGUAGCAGCAGCGGAAAGCACGGGUGAGCUGAAGAGCGGCCAUCGCAAUCGCUGGUUCAUCAUGUUCACGAACUUCCAGAUUGACUUUGGAUUCGUGGUCUCUUCUCUGGUUGCUAUGAUUUUGAUGUUGAUAUUUACCGAGAACCACAUGCGUGCUGCUUGGCGUGUGGCUCUAGGACUAGGCGUCAUUCCGCCUCUGAGUCUCUUCUACUUGCGAUUGAAGUUGGACGAGCCGGAGGAAUUUAACAGGCAACGCAUGCACAAGUUCCCUAUUUGGUUAAUUGUAAAGUACUACUGGAAGCGCCUGCUUGUGGUUUCCCUAAUUUGGUUCAUCUAUGAUUUUUCGGCCUAUUCGUUCGGCAUCUACUCGUCCGAAUGGCUUUCAAUCAUUCUGGGCGACAGCGCUCCUCUCUGGAAGACUUUUGGGUGGAGCACAGUCACCAAUCUUUUCUACAUCCCAGGUGCUUUUUUGGGUGCACUGACGAGCGACUGGAUCGGUCCGCGCAAUACGCUGGCUCUCGGAGUUGCCCUACAGGGCAUCGUCGGCUUUAUCAUGGCGGGCUGCUACGUAUAUCUUCGGGAGGCAAAGAAUGUUGCUGCGUUUGUUGUUGUCUAUGGCAUCUUCUCGUCUCUCGGUGAAUUCGGACCUGGGGACAACAUCGGUUUAUGUGCUGCAAAGACCAGUGCAACUUCCAUCCGUGGCCAAUACUACGCGAUCGCAGCCGCAUUUGGCAAGAUAGGCGCUUUUGUUGGCACUUAUGUGUUCCCGAUAAUCCAAAAUAACGCUCCCAAUGCCGUGCGCCAAGGACAAGAUCCUUACUUUGUCAGCAGCUCGUUAUGCAUCUUCAGCGCAUUCCUGGCCUACUUCAUGCUGCCACAUAUUGGGCAGGAUACAAUUACCGAAGAGGACGCCAAGUUCCGUGCUUACCUCGAAGCUCAAGGUUAUGAUACCUCAACUCUGGGAAAUGACCGUGCACAACAAUGAUCCAUCUUCUGUCUGCUAUACUUACCAUUCAGCAUCGUAUCUUCCGCACACCGCCAUCGCCCAUUAAUCUGCCCACUCACUGAGGCCCAAUUUCCUUUUGCCAGCCAGCCCUCUACCGCAGCCAAUAACCGAAGAUCUGCCCGCGACACUGAACCAAAGUCAUCUUAGCCACGAGUUCGGUAGGAUUGGAAAGUCACCGUGCCCCCCAAGCGACCUGCCAGCGAGUUACUUCGAGGCCCGAGCAGCGUAACAGCCCAAUACCCGAAAGAAAGUCUAUUGGUAGAAAAAUCUGUCCCGUGCUGACAUUUCCAUGGGUUGACUCGGCUGCGUAGCCAGAGACUUGCGAUUGUCACCUGCACGAUGUACUAUACCUCUAAGCAUUGGUCUCCAGAAAAUAUGGCACACG